CAAGAGGAACAGUGGCGGGGGUCAAAUCAAACUCUGUUGCUUGAAAGCAUGCGCCGUGGUUCUAAUAACAAUAAUAAUUAAAUUUACAGCGUGUAUUGUAAUCGCUCAUCGUACAAUUACUGGGGGAGUGAUGUAGCCGAAAUGUGAACGAUUUUAUUUGCACAACCUAGUCCUGAAUAAUAGCUAGCAAGUCGAAUCAAGUGUGCACAUAUGCGAGCAGGUAGUUCCAAAAAUCACGCUAUUCGUCAUGAAGCGAUUCACAUUUUAAAUUUAACGUGGUGUGUGGCUCAUGUCAAAGUAUGUUGAGACGUAACGUUAUAUUAUGCCAAAGAGCGUUUUCUCGACCGUUAAGCACGAGACUGGUACUGGGCAUAGAAACUAGCUGUGAUGACACAGGAGCCGCUGUUUUGGACGAAACUGGCCUGAUACUUGGGGAAUCUUUACAUUCCCAGAAAGAUGUGCACUUAAAAACAGGGGGGAUUAUUCCUGUGGUGGCCCAGAGACUGCACAAAGAGAACAUAGCUCGUGUGGUCCAAGAAGCCCUCGACAAGAGCGGAAUUGCACCCAGAGACCUGUCUGCCGUGGCGACCACAGUGAAGCCUGGUCUUGCCCUGAGCCUGGGAAUUGGGCUGGAAUACAGUCUGAACUUUAUUCAGCGACACAAGAUGUCUUUUAUCCCUAUUCACCAUAUGGAGGCACAUGCUCUAACGGUCAGGAUGAAUCAACCGGUGCCGUUUCCCUUCCUGGUUCUCUUGAUCUCAGGAGGACACUGCCUCUUAGCUGUGGCCAGAGACAUCGAUGACUUUCUCCUUUUGGGAAAGGCAUUGGAUGAAGCACCAGGAGACACAUUAGAUAAGGUAGCAAGAAGAUUGUCUCUGGUGAAACACCCAAAGUGCUCCACUUUGAGCGGGGGCCAAGCUAUCGAGCUGUUGGCCCGAGAGGGUAACAGGUUAAAGUUCCACUUCAAGUCUCCCAUGGGGCAGCAUUAUGAUUGCAAUUUCUCUUUCGCUGGUCUCCGAAACCAGGUAUCACGGAUGAUAAGCAAAAAAGAGGAGGAAGAAGGUAUUCAGAAGGGGGAGAUCCUGUCAUGUGUGAAUGACAUAGCUGCAGCAGCUCAGCAUACUGUGGCCUCUCACAUUGCCCGCCGCACCCAUCGAGCCAUCCUCUUCUGCAAGGCAAGAGGCCUGCUGCCUCAAAGCAGACCCUCUCUGGUAGUGUCUGGAGGAGUGGCCUGCAAUAAUUAUAUUCGAAAGACUUUGCAAAUCGUCACAGAAGCGACCGAAUUCGAUUUGCUCUGUCCACCAGCAAAGUUGUGCACUGACAAUGGAGUCAUGAUUGCAUGGAAUGGGGUUGAAAAGCUAAGAGAAGGAAAGGGGAUAGUGACACAUGUUGCUCAUAUCAGAUACGAACCUAAGGCACCUUUGGGCACGGACAUAACUGGGCAGGUGAAAGAGGCAGCGAUUCAAGUGCCACCAUUAAAACUGAAGAUCAGCCAAUGAUAAUGAGUGUUGUGUUUUCUGUGUAGUUUUGAUCUUUCACAUAUAAAUAUGUGGGGCGAUUAGCUGAGCAGUUGUCUGGCAGUUGGAGGGUUGCCGGUUCAAUCCCACCCUGGGUGUGUCAAAGUGUCCCUGAGCAAGACACGUAACCCCCAAUUGCUCCUGAUGAGCUGGUUGGUGUGCAUGGCAGCCAAUCACCGUUGGUGUGUGAGUGUGUCUGUGAAUGGGUGAAUGAGAAGCAUCAAUUGUACAGCACUUUGGAUAAAUUCUGCUUUAUAAAUGCCAACCAUUUACCAUUUAAAUAAAAAUCGAUUAAAUACA